AUGUUCACUGUGUUGUUAAAAUCGUUAUAUGACAGGCAUGUCUCUUGUCCGCCGACUCAGCAUAACCUGAAUUUAUUUCUCUCUGAACUGUGUAGACGUUAGGUGGAAGGACCAAAUCAACUUCCUAAAAAUAACGGUCAUGGGAAUUUUCUGGCUUAUGACUUUCGUGGAAGGCUUCAUUGAGUAAUUUUCCCUUACACGCGGAUGCAGGCAACCUUGAAUAAAGAGGGAAAUACCAGUAAACUGUGGGUUAAUGACCAGUUGUUAAAGCUCUUUGUACCAAACCUGAAAACCCCCAAGUGAAGGUUAACAAAGUUUAGGCUAUACAGAUGCAGAGACGCUGGGAGAUGUGUUCUUAAAAAAGUAUUUUGCCCAAGGUGCAUGUGUGAACACAAACAAGAAUGUUUUGGACAUCCCUGAUCCAGCACUCAUUACUUUACCAGCACAUAUUUGCUUAUAUGAUUUAUGGUGAUGUUCACAGAUUUAUGUUUACAACAGAAUAACGCAGCGCUGUUGCCAGAGGGAAUUUAACUUUGAAUUUGCUAGCUAGGCUUACUGUAGCUUGUAACAUUAGUCUCGCGAUAUUUCUGUUGUGGGUGGUGGAGCCUGAAGUAUGGCAGGCGUAGCACUGAGCUCUUGCCGCAAAGGACUUUUUAAUGUUUUGAGGAAUGGUGGAGUUGCUGCUUUAUCUCCAAACACUUUCGGAGGAGUCAGAUGGAAGUCUUCUGUGCAGUAUGUGGCAAGACCAGAGCUUCCCAAGCUGGCUUACCGCACGGUCAAGGGGAAGAGUCCAGGCGUGGUUUUUCUGCCUGGGUAUGGUUCCAAUAUGAAUGGCCAGAAAGCAGAGGCCCUGGAAGAGUUCUGCAGGUCGCUAGGACAUUCAUUCCUCAGGAUCCCAGUGGGAGGCUGCUGUGCUGGGUCGGGGCAGGCCCCAGUGACUGCCCCCAGAAGGUUUGACUACACGGGCCAUGGGUUAUCAGAGGGUGUGUUUAGUGAAGGGACCAUUGGCACCUGGAAGAAAGAUGUCCUCUUCGUACUGGAUGAGCUAGCAGAGGGCCCACAGAUCAUGGUGGGCUCCAGUAUGGGGGGUUGGCUCAUGCUGUUGGCGGCUAUCGCCAGGCCGGAGAAGACUGCAGCUCUAGUGGGCAUCUCCACCGCGGCAGAUCACCUCGUUACCGCCUUUAAGUCAAUGCCUCUAGAGGUGCGUAAGGAGAUUGAGGAGAAGGGCGUGAUGAGGGUUCCCACCAAGUACAGCGAGGGGGGCGUCUACACGUUCACCGUGGACUUCCUGAAGGAGGCGGAGAACCACUGUGUCCUCCAGAGCCCCAUCCCCACCACCUGCCCCGUGCGACUCAUCCACGGCAUGAAGGACGCUGACGUGCCCUGGCACGUCUCCAUGCAGGUUGCCGAGAGCGUCCUCAGCGCCGACGUGGACGUCAUCCUCCGCCGUAAUGGCCAGCAUCGCAUGAGCGAGAAGGACGACAUCAGGCUAAUUGUUUACACUGUCGACGACCUCAUCGACAAGCUGACCACCCUGGUCUGAGUCUCGGCAGGGGUC